UGGACUAAGGAAAUGACUUGUACCCAGUAUAUCUCGAGUCCACAUGCUGUCUUACCCAACCCAGCCUGGAGAAUCAGGUAGUAUUACCAGCCCUCAUAUGUGUCACCCAAUCUGGUAAGAAUACAUUUGUCCGAAGCGAUUUCUACCUAAGUGAGAAUUACUUACAAUGAAAACAUCGCUAACUACAACUCAUCAAAUUAUCUGGAAAACAAAAUGUUAUCCGGAGCACAGAACGAAUUCCGAAGAAACCUCUCAUGUCUGUCAAACCUCCUCACUGCAAGAGAAAACUGGGUCAAAUCAAGGGACGACAGAAGACUCAUAGACUUCAGCAAAGCCUUCGAUAAAGUUCUCCACAAAGGACUACUCAUAUGGCUGGAAAGUCUUGGUAUCAAAAGCAGAUUAGUAAACUGGCUCAGGGAAGUCCUCAUAAAUGGGAGGCAGGGAGUCAGGAUUAACUCGGAACUCUCCUCUUGGACAGCAGUGCGUAGCGGAGUGCCACAAGGCAUACUACUUGGACCUCUCCUAUUUAUUUUGUAUAUCAAUUAGUUAUCUC